UCAGGGCUGUUUUCUGUUUUUAAUGCUCGUUUUAUUGUGAAGCUCUUUGUGGUUUUUGACCUAUGAAAGGUUCUGCAUGACGAAAGUUUCCUGGCUUAAUCCUGAGUGAAUGUGUUAGUUUGCAAUAAGGUAAAUUAUUUUGCAUCUAUUUUUAUUUGAUAAUAUUCUUGAAAAUCCCAAAACUUUUUUGCUGACAUCCCUUUUGAAUUUUUUUCCCUUCCUCCAGUCAUUGUGUUGAUGCUUUUUAUUUCUACUUGAGGCUGCAGCCUGCCCCCCAUGGGGUGGGGAGGGGUCGCCCUCAGUUAGGACCGCCUCUGACUCCGACUGUAAAUCAGUUAUGGCUUCAGAUUGUAACUUCUUCUCAUCUUUUUUUUGGACUGAAUGGAGUCAGAAACUCCCUCUCAUGUCUGAGAUCCCCACAUGUCCGCAUGUGACCGUCCACUGUCCGUCCUACCAGCCCGCAGGCUCUGGUUCCGGACGGUAACAGAAGCACAAAGAGCGACUUUAACCCGUUAGUCGGUGUUUAUCUCUGGACUUUGGAGCUGAUAAUGACAGUAGCACUGCGCUGAAGCGCGUCCAGCUGUGCCGGACCCCACGAUGGAUUUCCACGACCUCUGUUCUUUUGAGUCUUUCCAGCAAUGCUGCGAUCGAUACGGCUACGAGGGGAACUUCCGGGACGUGGUGGAGCAGGAGUUCCGAAGGUCCAAAGGAGUUACAUAUCUGGAUCAUGCUGCAGCCACUCUGUACCCGGAGUCUCUGCUCAGAGACUACUUCCGGGACAUUUCCACGAAUCUGUACGGAAACCCCCACAGCCACAAUCCCAGCAGCAGCUUGACACACGACACCGUGGAGCGGGUCAGAGACAGAGUGUUGCAGCAUUUCAACACCACCUCCAAAGAAUACUCGGUGAUCUUCACUUCUGGCUGCACAGCUGCUCUCAAGUUGGUGGCUGAGAGCUUUCCCUGGAGCUCCGGUGCUACGAGGGAGGCUGGCAGUUUCUUCUGCUAUCUCACCGACAGCCACACGUCUGUUGUUGGCAUGAGAGGAUGGACUGCAGCCCUGGGGGUCGUUGCCCUUCCUGUUGCCCCGCAGGAGCUGACAACCAGGGCAAAGGACAGAGUUCAAGGAGAAGAUGCUUCCUGCCAAACGCCGCACCUUUUCUGCUACCCGGCGCAGAGCAACUUCUCAGGGAGGAAGUAUCCUCUCAGCCAUGUGAGAGGCAUCCAGGCGAGACGCCUCUACCCGGCGUGCGACCUGCCAGGCCGCUGGUUCGUGCUGCUCGAUGCAGCUUCGCAUGUCGGCUGUUCCCCUCUAAGCCUUCAGGACUGCCCCGCUGAUUUCAUUCCCAUUUCCUUCUACAAGAUAUUCGGCUUCCCAUCGGGUCUGGGGGCUCUUCUUGUCCGUAACGACGCAGCAGGCAUACUAAAAAAGUCUUAUUUUGGAGGAGGCACAGCAGCAGCUUACCUUUCUGGAGAGGAUUAUUAUGUGCAGGUGGAAAACAUUUCUGACAGAUUUGAAGACGGCACUGUCUCCUUCUUGGACAUCAUCGCUUUAAACCAUGCGUUUGAAUCUCUUUACAGGAUAACAGGGAGCAUGCACAACAUCCAGCAGCACACUUUUGGCUUGGCACGCUACACUUACAUGCUGCUCUCAAGUCUUUGCCAUGGCAACGGUAGACCGGUGGCGCAGAUAUACACCGAGGGCCAGUUUGAGAGUCCAAUCACUCAGGGAGCAAUCCUGAACUUUAACCUCCUGGAUUCAAGUGGACAGAUAAUUGGGUACUCACAGGUGGACAGAAUGGCCAGUCUGUACAACAUUCAUGUGAGAACUGGUUGCUUCUGCAACACCGGCGCCUGCCAGGCCUUCCUGGGCAUCUCCAGCCAGCAGAUGAAGAGAAACCUGCAGGCAGGUCAUGUCUGCGGGGACAACAUGGACUUGGUGGACGGCCAGCCGACCGGAUCCGUCCGCGUGUCCUUCGGCUACAUGUCCACCUUCGAAGACUGUCAAAAGUUCCUGAAGUUUGUUGCCGAGUGCUUCGUGGAGAAACCCGUCACGGUAGACCAAGUCAGGCUGCAGAAGCUGAAAACAGCCGGGCCGCCAUCAGAGGAAUCCAAUGAACGUCCUUCAGUUGAAAUUUCUAAUGGACAAAUCCACAAAGGAGCUGAGAAGAAAUCCGCAGAAGCGUCUCGGAAAAGAUUUGGACAUGGAGGCUCAAAGCGCCCCGGGGAGGCUUACACUCUGACCAACAUCUAUAUUUACCCCGUCAAAUCCUGCGGCGCAUACGAGGUGCAGGACUGGCCGGUGGGGCCGCUGGGUUUGCUGCACGACAGAGGCUGGAUGGUGGUGAACCACAACGGCGUGUGUCUGAGUCAGAAGAGGGAGACGCGUUUGUGCCUCAUUCGCCCACAAGUCCACCUCGCCGCAAACAAAUUGUUCCUGCAGGCGUCGGGGAUGGAGAGCGUGUCGGUCCCCCUGGAAGACGACGUCCGGCUGCACGCAGACUCUCGUGUGUGUCGCAGUAAAGUUUGCGGGGACAGGGUGGAGACGAUGGACUGCGGAGACGAAGCUGCAUCAUGGCUUUCAGACUUCCUGGGACAGCCGUGCCGCCUGAUAAGACAACGUCCUGAUUACACACGAGAAAUGAAGAAGAAGCCAGCCGACGUGUUUUGUCUUCAGACUCGGCGUGAGAUAGUCAGGAUGGCGUCAUCUGGGCGAUCCGCUCGGCUCCAACUCACCAAACUUUCCUGUUUGAGACGUUCAACCCCCAGGAGAAAAAUCCUCAGCAUUUAUGUUGGCACUGGGCCGCUGUUUGGGACGUUGAUCAUUAAGAAAGAUGGCUGCACAUUAAAGAGAUUGUUUUCGCCUUUAUCUCACUUAAUUGUUAAUCUGAAACACAUAAAGAACCUCAAUUCUCCUUUCAUGGUUUCUUAAAAAGGUGUUUUUAUCCUCGGAUCUCACCUCCUUUUUACAAACUCUUAUGUAUUUGUUGUUAUUCAUCCCAAUAGGAAGUGGAAACAUGAUUUUUUUAAAUGUUUUACAAACUACAAAAUCUGAAAAGUGUGGCAGGCAUUUGUACCCAGCCUUCCUGUGCCGAAUACAUCACAGUUACAAACCCACCUUGUGCUGCAGGUUCUUCUUUACUAAAAGACUGGGCAGAGAGUGUCAUAAACUGUGUUAAUCUUGCCACAAAUUCUCAAGUAGGUCAAUAUCUGGGCUUUGACUGGGCCAUUCUAAAAUGCUUUUAUCUGAAUGGCUGCAUGUUUGGAUUUCGUCGUGUUGCUGGAAGGUAAAACUGCCUCAGUCUCCAGUUUUCUCCAGCUGGUUUCCCUUCAUCUUUAGCUCCAUCCAUCAUCC